UGGCCGAUCUCCCAGACUGGGUAUGUACCACUAAAAUCUGGGCUCUGCAUUCGCUACACGCCGGGAUGGGGGACGCGGCCGAGCAGCUGCAGUUGCAGCUCUGCGGGAUGGUGGCUCGGGACGUGCUCGAGGGCCUGCACGUCGACGACCUCUUCAACUGCGCGCGGUCCAACGCGCUCUGGGAAGAGGCCGCCCUGCCACUGCUGGCAAAGAGACUUCGCUUCUUCGUGCUACUGCAGGACAGAUUAGACGAUCCAUUCACGCGCAGCAAAUUUCUGGAAGAACUCCAUUCGCGUCUUGCGGUCGCCGAGAAAGCGUCAAAGCAUCCAUCCUUUGCCAUAAUCCUAUGCUCAGAAAGGCACUAUGAUUUGUCAAGCAUCGCCUCUUGCUUCCCCAAGGGCGUCAGCGUCGUUCAGAUGGACGUGCAGGGUCCGGUGACCGCUCAACGGUGUGGCAUCAAGGAACGGCGGGAUGCCAGCGUAUGCGUGCUGGUUUUCUACGGGUCACCCGGUGCAACGUUCGAGUGCGAGUGGUCGCCGUACGCCGCGUGCGGAAUGCCCGUUGCCACAGCCGCUCUCUUUGAUCAGCUGAAACGCACCAUUCCCAUCUGUGGCGGCGAGGACGUGUACCGACAUCGAAACACGGGGAUGCCAGCGCGCUUCGCCCUGUACAUUACCAACGCCUUUAACAGAGGGGUGAUGUUCAGGCGGCAGCCGAGCCUGUUCGACGUGGGCGUUUGCAUCCUGUGGACACCGCGUUUACGCGUUUACCCAGGAAGCGCGCAAAGCUUCUCCCCUGCGCCGGCAUACUGGGGCGCCAUGUCAUUCGGGGAGAACGUCAAGGCUGCUUGCCUCAAGUACGCCGGAUGGACCACAGUGCUGCAGAUGUGGCAGCACCUGGACAACGUUAGGGCGAGCAUCGACAACAUCAGCGACGUCAUAGUGCUCUUCUUCCAGGAAGAAGAGCUGAAGGCACCCGUCGUGGAGGCGAUGUGCCGAGUGUUCGAAGGCGCUGCCCUCGUUAUGGGGACUGCGUGCUCGCUGGCCCUCGACGCGAAUCCGUUUUCCUUCGACCUUCAGCCGACUGGCGAUGUCCAAGUUUCGUUCCCUCUCCAAACACCGGUCAUCGUGCUGGUUUUAGCCAUUCGCUAGAACCAAAGCCCACGCACGGAUGCUUCAUGAUGUGCACAGGUCACUGGUUUGUACUGUGCCACUCUCCCCCCCCCCCCCCCCCCUUUCGGGUGUUACUUUGGACUUCGCGUGAGCAAAGACUGUUUCGCGCAGCAUGCUCUCCGAGAGGAAGAGCCGUAAUGCUUGCGCCGGUGGGAAGUGCGAGCCACUUGAGACAAACAUAGACGAGCACCUUCAAGUACAAGUAAACGGUCGUAAUGACGAUGCAGUAAGAGACCGAUGUCAUAAAAUUUAUGUCCAUACAUGGUGUGUGUAUUUUGCUAGUGAACCACUUUUUACACUACGACCCCAAGGCACUAAGUUUAUUCUGUGUAUGCUCAUAAGCGACCUGAUUGGCUGACCUCCAAUGCUUGUACCCGAUCUCUUUUAUCCAAUUCGGUUAUCGUAUGUA